GACAGUCCAACCUCGGGUAGGGACAGGGAGUGGUGGGCACCUGGGCAGCUCUGCCAUUCUGGUCUUUUCUCCAGCUCUGUCUCUUUUAUUGGUCUCCCCAGUCACAUCCCAAUCCCGGUUAGGAAAGUGCCCGCACCAGGAAGCCGGGGUGGUGGGAGAGCCCAGGCCAGGACCCCAUGGAGGGCGAGGUGCUGCUAGGGCCUUUCCCCGAGCAGCGCUGUGCGUCACAUGGGGCCCGCCCCUUCCAGGGCGGCUGCGGCCUGGGCCCAGGCCCGCCACAGUGGCGGAGCAGGAGUUCCGCGGUUGUGUAAGGGGGCGAGGCCCGGCUCGGCAGCUCUCAGCGCCCAGCCCGGGUCUCGGCAUGGCGGGGAGCCGCGCACUCUCGACUCACACGCUGCUGUUCGACCUGCCGCCCGCGCUGCUGGGCGAGCUGUGCGCGGUCCUGGACAGCUGCGACGGCGCGCUGGGCUGGCGCGGCCUGGCAGAGAGACUUUCAAGUAGCUGGCUGGAUGUUCGUCACAUUGAAAAAUAUGUAGAUCAAGGUAAAAGUGGAACAAGAGAAUUGCUAUGGUCCUGGGCCCAGAAAAACAAGACCAUCGGUGACCUUUUACAGAUUCUCCAGGACAUGGAGCAUCAUCGAGCUAUUCAUUUAAUUACGAAGCAUGGAACAGGCUUUCAUCCUUUAAAGCAGAGUCAUCAAGAAUAUGGAUUUCCAAACAUACCAGCCAAGGAAGCAGCCAAUGUCAAAGUAGAUAAUGUUCCUGUUCCUGAACAUAAUGAAAAAGGAAUAUUGCUUAAGUCCUCCAUCAGCUUUCAAAAUAUCAUAGAAGGAACCAGAAAUUUCCACAAAGACUUCCUAAUUGGUGAAGGGGAGAUUUUCCAGGUAUACAAGGUGGAGUUUCGAAACCAAACAUAUGCUGUUAAAUUAUUUAAACAGGACAAAAAAAUGCAAUAUAAGAAACAUUUGAAGAAAUUUUUAUCUGAGCUUGAAAUUUUACUACUGUUUCACCAUCCAAACAUACCAGACUUGGCUGCGUAUUUUACAGAGACUGAGAAGUUCUGUCUGGUUUAUCCAUAUAUGAGAAACGGAACACUUUUUGACAAAUUACAGCGUGUCGGUAACACGGCCCCACUCUCCUGGCACAUUCGAAUCAGCAUAUUAAUUGGUGUAUCUAAAGCUGUCUGGUAUUUGCACAGUACUCAGCCAUGCUCAGUCAUCUGUGGCAGUAUAUCCAGUGCAAAUAUACUUUUGGAUGAUCAGUUUCAACCCAAACUAACUGAUUUUGCCAUGGCACACUUCCAACACCACCUGGAACAUCAGAGUUCUACAAUAAAUAUGACCAGCGGCAGCAGUAAACAUCUAUGGUACAUGCCAGAAGAGUAUAUCAGACAGGGAAAACUUUCCACAAAAACAGAUGUCUACAGCUUUGGAAUUGUAAUAAUGGAAGUUCUGACAGGUUGUAAAGUGGUGUUAGAUGAUCCUAAACAUAUUCAGCUGCGGGAUCUCAUUAUGGAAUUGAUGGAGAAGAGAGGCCUCGAUUCAUGUUUGUCAUUUCUAGAUAAGAAAGUACAUCCCUGUCCUCGGAACUUCUCUGCUAAGCUAUUCUCUUUGGCAGGCCAGUGUGCUGCAACUCGGGCGAAGUUAAGACCAACAAUGGAUGAAGUCCUAAAUGCUCUUGAAAGCACUCAAGCCAGCUUAUAUUUUGCAGAAGACCCCCCCACGUCACUAAAGUCCUUCAGGUUUCCUUCUCCUGUAUUCUUGGAUAAUGUACCAAGUAUUCCAGUGGAAGAUGAUGAAAACCAGAAUAAUCAUUCACCACCUUGUGACAAAGGUUUGAGGAAAGGUAGAAUGACGACUCCAAACAUCCCUUUUGAAUGUAGCCAGUCUGAGGUUACAUUUCUGGGCUUGAACAGAAAGACACGGAGUAAGAGAAAUAAGGGUACUUGCAACAUGCCCAGUUUUCCUUGCGAAAGUUGGUCCUCAAAGCAUACAGCUUCAUCCCAAGACAUACAGGCCACUGAGGUAAAUUUGGACUCUUCCUUUGAAACCCCAAGCCAUUCUUAUGACUACAGAAGCAGGCCAGUGAAGACUAGGUGCUCCUCUGAAUUUUUCUGGAAUAAACACGAACAGUACAGAAAGGAAUAAAUCUCACCGGAAGGCAAAGAAGAAAGCAAGUGUUGGUGAGGCACCUAUGUAAAGGGUAUCACCUUGGGGAAAGCAUGGUCCCCAUGAGCAAUGCUUGGAGAAUGACAAGUGGUACAUUUGGGUUAUGCAGACAAAGAGUAAGGACAAUUUCAUUCCUACCCAAGCAAAACCAGAGUGACUUAAACAGAUGUUUUAUCAGAGUAACUGCCUCACGAUCAUACGGAUUAGUCAUUCACAAUUACUCAAGACCCUGUGAUCUGACAUAAGCCAAACAAAACAAUCAAAACCUACCAGAAAGACUGGAUUCUCAUGUCCAGCAUCACCCAAAUGAAUCCUCAGAGCCCUCUCUGCUAAGGACGUUCAGUUGGAUCCUAUUGUUUGGCCUAGUUUGCUUGUGAAGGAAGUGCAUAAUUUGAAAAUGUUAGUAGAUGUCUUUUAAAAGAAUUGCUUUUUUCCUGUGACUGGCCCUUUGUACUUUUGUGUUAUCAAACUUACCUUUCUGAAAAUGAGCUAGGUUUGCCCUUGGGUAGGUAGGGCUUGUUCUCUGCAGAGACUGGAUUCCUACCCAAGAUCUAUCUGUAUUUCUUAUUUAAACUCUUAGGAUAGUUUAUUACAUACAAUUUCGUUGUUGACCAUUAUUGGUGAUUUUACUAACUCAGAGACCUAUUGUAUCCUGAGUAGAAGGUAUGACAUUUUAAUCAAGUAAUUGUUAUUGCUGAGAAAAUAACUGGUCACCAGAGUCUAGGUCAGCUUUUUUUGAGUUCUAUUCUGUGCCUUCCAACUGUGUGCCUUUACUCCUACUGUGUGUUUGGAUCUCCCCUCUUGAAAUCCUAAUCAGUUGUCAAGCUCUUUAAACUGUCAUCCUCCAGGAAGCCUCCUUAAUCUCUCCAGCCAGAAGUGUUCACUUUAUCAGCAUUUCCAAAGCAACUUAUUUGUAUUUCUGUUUUAUGCUUGUCAUUUUCUGAAUUAUAUCAAAGUUGCUUAUGUCAUCCUGUCUCUUACUAGACUGUAAAUGCCUUGUACUGUAUUCCUUUUCUAUUGUUGUAGCAAAUUAUCACAAAUGUAGUGGCAUAAAAUAUCUCAGUUCUAGAGGUCCAAAGUCCUUCGCAUUCCUUCUGGAGGCUCCAGUAAGCCACCUGCAUUUCUCACCUCAUGGUCUCUUCCCAUUAAAAUGAUCUAGAAGGCUUGGUAAAAGCUCAGCUUUCACAGCACCACUCAUUGUCUGAUCAUUCAGUCUGAGGUUAGAAGUUGGCUAACUGGUUCCCAGGUGGUCCUCAGGCUGCUGAGGUGAAGCACGCUGAGAACCACUGCCUUAACAUUUUCUCACAUUCUUACAUAUUGGCAGAUUCUACCAUAUUAUUUUAUGAGAAAAAUAUCAUUGUUUUUGUAUUCACUGUCUUACCUAGGAUAUUGGUUAGCUUGGAGUGGGAGCUCUAGAAAUGUUGUUGACUAAUUGUUUUAUUAACUAUAUCACCUUUCUAGAGUGUCUAUUUUGCACAUCUAAAAACUAAGUCAGAUGAAUUGGCAGUGAUCUGAUUAAUGAUAUGAUAAGCAGAUGCUACUGUGGCUGAAAAGUACUUAAAUCUUCCAUUGAAUGAUUCAGACCUCCUGACUCGAUUUGGUGCAUGUUAAUUGAUAGGACUAAAUCUUACAACCUGCUAUAGGUAAUCAGAGGGUACCUUCAUGGCUUCCUUAUGUGGAAACUAGGAUGCAUGAAGAAACCAAGAGUGAGCUUCUAGCCUCUGGUCAGCCAACAUGAGUAAAGAAUUUCACUUAUCACAGGGAGCAGUAGCACACACCUGUAAUCCCAGCUAGUCAGGAGACUAAGGCAGGAGAAUAUUAAAUUUGAGACGAGCCUGGACAACUUAGCCAGUCUCUGUCUCAAAAUAAAAAGUGCUGCAGAUGAGGCUUAGUAGUAGACCCCCUGCCUAUCAUGCUUGAACCCCUAGGUUCCAUCCCCAGCACCACAAAAGUAAAAUAAAAAUAAUUUACUUAUCUCCGCCCUUAGCAUAACAGAAACAAUCUUCUAGGCAGAUCCUAUUUUCUAUGCUUCUUAGAGUUUUUGUCCUGUUUCAUAAUUACCUAAAAAUAUGGAGAAAAUAUUUUGUUGUUUUGAAAAUAGGUAUGGAAUUUCUGACAUCAUCAGUUUUCAUGACUUUUUGAGUGUUGCAGUGAUCUGUGACUUACUGAAUAAUAGUGUAGUUUUAUGGGUUGGUACACCAGCCUGUGUAGGACCACUUUUAAGACCCAUGGUCCAGUGAGGCUAGGAUACAAGGUUUAUCACCAGUGGCAUUUACUACGUAUCCUUUAGAAUCAGGCACUGUGUUAGCUAGCAAGUUGGGAUCCAAGUAAGGAGCAGUUUAGUAAGCAGGAAGGUGUCUACUCAAGUUACCUGUUCGGUGACAUCUGUUAUUUGAGCCAUACACCAGUGGAACAGAAAGUAAAUGCUGAAAGGUAGAGGAUAAGAAGUAGAUUACUAUACACUUUUGAGAGAGUGAAUCCUGAAAAGAGAGAAAGAACAAAGAGAAAUAGAAAAGAUCAGUGAAGAAGCACUUCACAAUGGUUAUCCCAGGAAUGGGGAUGCCACCUUGCCAUCUCUGGGCUGGAAGGAUGGGCAAGAGUGAUGGGAACUGGAUGUCGAGCUUUUGGGUGUCUUUUCAUGCUUAGUCCUUACAGCUACCCUUGAAGAUGUGAAUAUCACCUCAUAGAUGAAGAGACUGACUCACUAAGGUCCUCCCAGAUUUGGAAAAGGUAGCAAGAUUUGAACCCACAUUUGUCAGACCCCCAAAGCCUGUGAUCUUGAAUACCACAUUGCACAAAGGAGCUACUGAGAGUUCAAGCUUAUGGAAGGGUGUGGAUAUGAAAAGUUAUUUGUCAGUUUGACAUAUUUGUGGUAGGCAUACAAGGGUUGUUACCACUUCUACAUUUUUCAGUAUCCUGCUCUGCUAGAGACAUGUACUUCUGCAGUCAUGAGACAUGUACUUCUGCAGUCAUGAGACAUGUACUUCUGCAGUCAUUUGAUGUGACUUAAGUAAAUCCAUCCAUCCAUUGAUUCACUGAAUAAAUAUUUAUCAGUGGCCUCCUUUGCAUCAGGCACUGUUGUAGGAGCAGGGUACAUGGUGAAAGUCAAAACCAACAUAGAUCUCAUCCUCAUGGAGCUUAUACUUGAGUGAAUAGAUCUCAGCAUGUUCUCUAGUCAUAGGUCCCAGGUUCUCUGUGAGCUUUUCUUAAGGGAUUCAGACAAGUUUCCUCCUUGACUGUUGUAUAGCUCAUAAUCCCAGAGUGCCUUGUUGCCUUACUGUUAGUGUACUCUAGGCAGUGUAUGGCAUAUUUUGUGGCAAUGGCGACAGUCCCUAUUUUUUUUAUUAGAAUUUCUUCAAGGUAUUUGUUUGGCUACUGAUGGAAUCUUCAGCAUGCUUUUUCCAAAGGGUCUGGUGUCCUACCCAGUUCUCACCUCACUAUGACAUAAUGCUGGAAUUGCCUAUAGAAUUAUUUUUCUUCCUUCACAAAAUUGAAAGUUGGCUGGGGACAAAGGCUAUGUCCUGCUCAUUUUUGUAUCCUUAUUGGAUAGCAUUCUACCUGGGAUGUAAUAUGGCCUGAUAAAUAUUUGUAAAAUGAGUGAAUCAAACAGUUCUUCAAAAUGUCUUCAAACCUAUUGGUAUGUAUCAGUGAUGGUGAACUGAUGGCACACAUGCCGCAGCAGGCUGUUUGGUAUUAUUGAAAGCUCUAAAAGGUUUGCCAUCACUGGUAUAUACUAUGUCAAGACUAUAAUCCAGAUUGCACCCAGUUUUUCUUUCUAGUAUCCAUAAUAUCAUCAGUUAUUUUCUUACAUAGUUCCAUUUCACCGUUCUUGGAUGAAAAUUAUUACAAAUAUUAAUAUCUGAGAUAUCUUUGAAAAGAGGAAUUUGACCUUGUAUAUGUUGCAUACAAAUUUUCCCUAUAGUGGGAAAUAUUCCCAAACCAUGUUAAGCGAUGAUAAACCAAUAUUUUGGCAGAGAAUGAACUGCUGUUUGUUAUGUUUUGUUCCUGUCUUUUUGUCACAAAAUAUUUUUUUAUAUUUGAUUGUCUUUGGGUUUGACUUACAGAUAUUUUUUGAGAAUCACUUUUAUGCCAAAGAACUGUAUUGCCUACCAAAUUUAUGAGCCUUUUCAUGAAUUAUCUGCCUUGUUAUAAUCUUUCGCAGUCAUCUCUAUAAAUAGCAAGAGAAUAUUUAGAGUUUUUCUUUGGUUCCUUAACUUUAAAAUAUUCUCAGAAACCAACAUUAACAAGAACAAAAGAUAAUGGGGUAAAAAGAGCUUAUUUGCAGAAGAUGCAGACUCAGUUAUCACUGUUGUAUGCAGUAGUGUAUGAGGUAUCAUUUCACCUUUAAACAACCUAUUCAGCUAGAUUCUGUUACUGUGGAACCAAGCAAAAUGAGCCUAAAGAGUGUCAACUCUUGUCCUGAGUCACACUACUGUUGGUUUGGGAAUGCAAACUAGACUCUUCAGUCAAAUUCAAGAAGUAUCUGCCCUGAAGAAAAUUAACAGAAAUUAAAAGUAUCUCCUACUUAAAAAUGAAAACAACUAACCAUAAGUAUAUGUGUGAUUAUUAUUUUCUUCUUAAUUUUGUUCUCCCAGAGUGACAAAGCAUAAAGCAGUUGAGAAGAAUAUGAGCCAAGCAGCAUUGUUCACUGUUAGCUGGCAUGAAAAUUGGUACAACCAUUCUAACAAACAAUUUGGCAAUAUGUAGCAAAACUUUUACUCAGCAAUGUGUUUUUGGAUUGAUCUCAAUAAAAAUUACACAGCUGUGUAAACACGAGCCCAAAGAUGUACUUUGUGGUGCCUAUGACAUUAAAACAUUGGAAAUAACCUAAAUAUCCACAGUAGAAGAUGGGUUAAAUAAAUUGCAACACAUAUAUGCAAUUAAAUUGUAUGCAACUGCCAU